CGCAUUUGUCACGGUCUAAUAAAAUUCUUGAAUAUUCCGGACUACAUUUUGACCAAUAGUGUCACUUCCGGUAUAACAUUAAAGCCCUAACCCGACGCCAUUUUACGGGACGCGUCCUAAAGUGUUAUCAACCUAAGUCGAUUCAUUUUUUAUUAUCGUUUAUCUCUUUUACUACAUAAAAGUGGUGUUGUUUUCUACAAAAACCGGAUAAAUUGUCUAUCAACUUACCAUGAAAGCUGAAGAAUCACCAAUGCAAAAUGAUGACCGUGAACGAAGCCGUGAAAGAGACCGAAAUCGUCGUUCAGAUCGCCAACGUAUGAAUUCAGCGAGCCGAGAUCGUAGUAGAGAACGGACUGAUCGAGGACGAAGGAUAUCUGAACGUCGUAUUUAUGUAUCUAAUAUUCCUUAUGACUUCAGAUGGCAAGACUUGAAGGACUUGUUCAGGACAGAAGUAGGAAAGGUAGCUCAUGUUGAGUUAUUUACUGACGAAAACGACAAACCUCGGGGUUGUGGUAUCGUUGAAUUCGAAGACUCAGAAUCUGUUAAGAUUGCUGUAGAAAAAAUGCAUCGAUUUGAUAUUAAAGGACGAAAACUCGUUGUUAAAGAGGACUAUGAUGUUGAGCGUGACAAGUAUGGACGAUUACAAACCUCUCGAGACCACGACAGAUCCCGAGAAGACCGAUUUCGUGAUGUUCCUCGAGGUAAUUCCGGGCGACAAAGCAUGUCAGUAUCAUCAGUGGGUGGUGGUGGCGGUAAUGCUGGUAAUGACAACAAAUUUGGAAAUACUUACGGUCUAAGUACUCCAUUUCUUGAGUCACUUGGAAUCAAUGGCCCGCUGGUCACUAGAGUGUUUGUCGCAAACUUGGACUACAAAGUUGAUGAGAAGAAACUCCUCGAAGUCUUCAAGUUAGCUGGAAAAGUCAUAAAUGUUGAAUUGGGUAAAGAUAAGGAUGGUAAAUCACGUGGAUUUGGUGUUGUUGAAUAUGAUCAUCCAGUUGAAUCAGUUCAAGCUAUUUCCAUGCUUCACAAUCAGCAGUUGUACGACAGGAGAAUGACUGUAAGAAUGGAUCGUGCUAAUGAUCCUGAUCUUCCUCCAAAACUUCCUGAAGGAUUGAAGAGCAUUGGAAUGGGCCUUGGUGCUGGUGGUAAUCGUUUAUUAGAUGUUGCUAGAAAUCUCCCUAAUCUUCAUCCUAAUAACUCACCGGUUGUAAACUCCAUUCCAACACCAGUCAUUGCUACUGGUGCUUUUGGAGCUGGAUUAAACAAUGUUGUACCUGCGCAACUUGCAACAGCCUUAAGUAACACUAAUGCAGCAGCUCUCCAAGCGAGUUUAGCUGGAGGAUUGGGAGCGAAUCUGACCACGAACUCACUCUUAAAUCCAUCGUUGACAUCAGAGUUAGCUUCAAAUUUAAACAAUUUCAGUGGUAGCGUUGGUGGAUUGUCUAGUCUUCAAGCUUCGUUAGCUAGUGGACAAGCUAAUAAUUCUUUUACACCUCGUGGAUUAGGGAAAUUAGACGCUGACGUACCUUUUGGAAGCAACAGUGCUUUUGGUAACUCUAAUUAUGGUGGCAGUCGGGAUUUUGAUGCCUUUAGUCGAGGUGAUGCUGACCGUAUCACUGGUGCUGGUGGAAUCUUCGCGGGAAGUCAAAGUCAACAGGGUGGUGGAAGUAGACAGAAUACUAAUGGCACUCGUCAAGGAUCUGAUACCAUUCUUAUUACAAACUUGCCCCAAAACACCACGUGGCAGAUGUUGAGAGAUAAAUUCCAAGAUGUUGGUGAAGUGAAGUUUGUUGAGAUGAGAGGCAAUGAUGUUGGAAUGGUUCGAUUUGCUUCUGAAUGGGAUGCUGAGAGAGCAGUCUCAUUGAUGAACCGAGCUCGUAUUGACGGCAGAGCAAUAGAAGUGCGUUUAUAUUAAAAUUUUCACCAAUCGAAGAAAAAAAAAGGGAAAGAAAGCGAAAAUUAAUCAACUAAUCGAUGUCUCGAAGGUUUCAAUGCAUUAAUCAGGGUCUCGAUUUCUUGUGAUUUCAAGAUAUCUGACGAUUCUGUUGGGUGAUGAUGAUUCUUGAAGCCGUUGGUUUUGUCUCUUCGACACUUCAACUUCAUUCAUUCUUCCCCCUCAAUUUUUGUCUACAUUUUAUUCUCUACAUGGCAAGCAGCAAAUUUUUGAGAUUUACAAGAUAAUCCUUCGACCAAUUGAUUGAGUUUACAGUAUAUUAUUCGUAAAUCGUUUAAUCGUUUUUUCUUUAGUCUACAUUUCAAUUCAUUAUGUCUUUAGGUUUGUAAGUCGUAAGCUUUUCAACUUAACUUGUAUAUUGAAUCCAUAGAAUUUAGUAGAUUUUAAGAUUUAAGAGCAUUGUCAUGGAGCUGUUUUUUUUAUUUGAUUAAAAAAUAAUAAUGGAA